GAGUUGAUGAGUUUGGUGGUUUGUGAAGUGUUUGGUGAAGUAGAAGUGGACGGCCGGCAGUGAAAGUAACUCUGUGCUGGGUCAAGUCUUCUCGAUAACUUCAUGAACGUGAAAUAAAUCGGACAGUCAGAGCGGAGCGGGCAGAGGAGGAGCUUCGGAAACUGUUGGAACAUUAAAUUUAAAGUCACGUCGGAACAAAAAGGAAGACAACGAGUCGAGCAGUGGAUCCGGUGGAUUCCGGGUGAUGGUGUGAGGAUGGGACAAGGUGGUGCUGGGAGGGACUGCAGCCCUGGAGGCUGAUGAACCCGCUCCAUCGGCCAGUCAGGAUGCACAUAGCCUCAGUGGGUGUCAGCAAGUUCUGCUUCCUGUUUUCCCUGGCAUUCUGCGGCCUCCUGCUUCUGCUCAUCCCCACCCUCCAGCCCCCAGCCCGCCAAGUGGACCUGCCUCAGCCCAGACCCCAAGUCAGACCUGCAAAGGCAGGUUCCUCACAGCAUGCUGGGGAUCCAGCAGUGUCUGCCCCUGCAGAAACAGACUCUAGCACUGAGCUACAGAGGAGCUCCGCAGGCCAGGGCAGAUCCAUCAAGACUGAAGGUAUCCGGGAGGAUCUCAGUAGUCCCAAGAGGGGCAUGGACUCCAAAAGAGGAGCUCUUCCUAAAGGAAAGGGUAGCAGACCUUCAGGGUCCAGGUCACGGGACCUAUUAGAGCUAAAGGAUAUUUUUAUUGCAGUGAAGACUACCAGGAAGUACCACAAGUCCAGACUGGAGCUGCUGAUUCAGACCUGGAUCUCCCAAGCUUUAGAACAGACCUACAUAUUUACUGAUGGGGAGGACAAGGAGCUGCGCAUGAGAACAGGAGCUAACAUCAUCAACACUAACUGCUCAGCAGCUCACACCCGACAGGCUCUGUGCUGCAAGAUGUCUGUGGAGUACGACAAAUUCAUCGAGUCCCAAAAAAAGUGGUUCUGCCACGUCGAUGAUGAUAACUACGUGAUCCUGCCCAGCCUGCUGCGGCUGCUCUCUUCCUACCACCACAGCCAGGAUGUGUACCUGGGCCGGCCCAGUCUGGAUCAUCCCAUCGAGGCUGCAGAGAGGGUCAAGAGUGAUGGAUUGGUAUCAGUCAAGUUCUGGUUUGCCACGGGCGGAGCAGGUUUCUGUAUCAGCAGAGGUCUGGCACUGAAAAUGAGCCCAUGGGCCAGUUUGGGGAAUUUCAUCAGCACAGCAGAGAAGAUCCGACUCCCGGACGACUGCACCAUCGGCUACAUCAUCGAAGCGCUGCUGGAGGUGACCCUGACACACACACACCUCUUCCACUCUCACCUGGAGAACCUACAGAAGCUGCCCACCGACACAGUGCUGGAGCAGGUGACUCUGAGCUUCGGAGGCUUUGACAACAGAAGAAAUGUGGUCAGCAUUGUAGGAGGCUUCACUCUGGCUGAGGACCCCACAAGGUUUAAGACGGUCCACUGUCUUCUGUAUCCAGACACUGACUGGUGUCCACAGCUGGAACAUCGCCGCAGACACUGACAGCCACUGUGUUUGCAUCCUGCAGCACUGAUACAUGCUGAACCUUAAUGCCACUGCCUCACCCUGCCACGUCUAGAUUGAGCUCAUGCCAUACAUCAUUUGGCUCAUGCCUGUAUCCAAAGCAGCUUCAUUUCAUGCUUCAUCAAUGCAGUGUUAACUGAAGGUUUUUUACAACCCUGAGAGGAAGAGCUUUUUUAUAUGCAACAUUAAUCUAACUCAUUAAGUCCAAUUAAAUAGGUGGAACCAAAGAAGAGCUUUUUCUGGCUGCUAUAGCAUGAGAGUAAGUAAAGCCACUAAUGGCCAGAGCCAUAUUUUUCUCCACUUGAAAUGAGCUUUUGGGAGUUGAAAGUUAACACUAAUCUCAGUUUCCCUCAACAGAAACAUAGCAGGCAUGGCCUAGUAUGGUUCAGUCUCUACUAAUCAGCAAUAAUCAGCCGAAUGGGAAAACAUGAGCGUGUCAGCAUCCUCGAUGGAAUAGUUAAAUUAAGGUGGGUUUAAAUUUACCUAAUGUUACUCCAAGGCAGGUUUACAUGCAAUCUCCAUGUCAGAAACCACAGCAUCAUCACUGCCGUGAGUUCCCUACUCUGUUUCUGAGAGCACAGAUGUUUGAUGGUUAAAUGAAAGGCCUCAGUUACCCACAAACCACUCAGUACAUUUCCAUGCACAGUUUAGCGAAGUGAUGGUUACAGCUCGAUUAGAGUUUAAUUUCACUACUGUCUUUGUCCCAGUGAACAAGCACUGGAAGGGAAUCCCUUUUUUGACAGAAGUGUGUCCGACUCCUCCACCUUUCAGCUGGUUGCAAUAAACCUAUAUUAUUUAUACAGUCUCUGAUAUAAUCUCAAUCACAGUCAUAACUGUAACAAUAACUUUGGGGUAGAAAACCGCCGCGUCACUUACAUAUAAUCAAACAGCGCUGAGCAAACUCUGCCUUCAUUGAUUAGUUUUAAGCCACCUAAAAAAAAUCAGUAUCAGUUUAAGUCUAGCCUAUGCUAUAAUUAGAAUAUUUACUGUUUUACCUUGCUGUAAGACAGCUCUUAUUGAUGGGGAUCUGAAGCUGUAAACAUAAACAUUUUGCUGCACUAAACAGCAGAGCUGCUGCUCAACCGCUGCCUCCAUCAGCUGCUGUGGAAGCUAAAGAGAUAUAUAGUGUCACUUAAACUAAGAUUGAUUUUUUUAGAUGGCUUCAAUAGGUUUGCUGCAGUCCUGUCCACAACAGGACAUCGCUUAGCUUCUUUGUUGGUGUUGUGGGACUGUUCUUUAUCAGAGGAGGGGGGUGGCUGGGGUGUGACUUUUUUUUUAACUAAAACAAAUAUAAAAUGCUUUGUCAAGUUUAUGUCCCUCACCUGAGCCAACAUUUAAAACUCAAGUCCCUCCUCAGUGCCUACAUUUUUUUUAUUGCCUGACCCAUUUUGCAGCACCCCUUCCCCCCUCAUAAGUAACAAACAGUCCCUAACUCUAACCACCGAGGGAGGAGCAUGCGCAGAAUGCCGAGUCCAGUUGAAGUCUGACUGAGGUGUUUACAUGACAGAAUAGCUCAACCUCUUAUCAAAUUAUUUGGAUGUGUGAGUCCCAUUUUGAGAAAUUAAAUAGAUUUUAGUCGGACUAACACAGUAAUAUGACUUUUUACAACAUCUUGUAAACAUACUGAGUGACUGCUAUUGUAAUGCAGUUCAUCUCUGUAUUCUUUCACCGUUGACAUGUGACCCCAAAGUCAGUAUAAAAACAUGAUUAUUUCUUUCCAUUGAGUAAUUGUUGAGGUACUUUUAAGAUUCUUUUUAAAAUCUUUUGAGAUUUUUUUUUGGUGUCAAACAUGAACUGAGGUGAUGCUUCAUAUGAAGGUUUGUGUGCUGUGUGGGCACACAUUUAUUUCAGUGUGUUGUUCUGAUGCAUUCAUAUUCUCUGCCAAAUACUUUCUUGUAUUAGCCCAUUUCCAACAGGCCUGUCUCUAGGGUUUUGCACUACCUUCAUCUUGUAACUUCCUGUAUGUUACCGACUGUAGUUAGAUAUCACAAUGUUGGUGUAAAUAUGUGUUAACUUCAUUAUGUAUUCUUUAUUUUUGUAACUUUGGAGGCAGAACUCAUUAGUGGGAGUUGGAGGAGCAAAAUAAAUCUUAACCACAGAGAAGCCCAGGAAUGACUCAAAAAAAAACAAAAAAAAAAACGGAAUUCAGUAGCUUUUUAGCACUUCUAAUUCCCUUGUCACAAAGCCAAUGGGUUUUUUGAAUGUGUUUUUGAUAGGAAGUCUGAAAUAAGGUCUGUGGUAAACUCAAGCUGAAGAGACUAUCACGUGUUGUUCUGUGACAUAAAAUACAUUAGUAUAUACCACAGUCGCAAAUUAUGAAACUUUAAUGUGUUAUCAAAAAAGGCGGUCACUAAAAGAGAAUAAAUGAGACUACAGAACAUCACCACAUCGAACUGCUCUGAGUAUAGCUUUGUAACCUUGUAGUGGUGAUGACACGACUGUGGUGUAGUUAGUUUAUUGUCUAACAUCAGCUUUUUACUUCUGGCAAUUGCAUUUAGGCUUCAAAAAUCCUGAAAGUGGUGUUAAUCUGUGAAGAUAAUCUUGCUGAUCAAAAGUUACAAGUAUCAUGAAGGUUAGUUUCCCGCAGAGCUUAUUUUUUGCAAUGAUCCAAAAUCCAAUGGAAGAAUCCCAUAGGCUCUCUGAUGAGGGAAACAGGGCUAACUUCUGCGUCGGCCUACAGAAAAACGUCAUCCGUGAAGGACUCUAUUGCCAUUAAAUUUGAUGCAGAUACUCAUUUUCAUCAUAGGGUACAGCUAAUAUUCAAAGUGACCUAGUUUCCUUUUGACCACUUUGAUCCAUGAGAAAGUAUCACUGCAAAAUAAUGCCCUUUCAAUUUUAACUUUUUUAGAUGAGCAUUCUUUUGCUCAAAAUAAGCCAAUGUGGCAGUAAGUCAUUUUCAGUAGAUUUUUCUUGACGUGACAGUGAACCCAAAUUUUUUUUUCCUCUUACCUGUAGUGCUGUUCAUCAAUCUAGAUAUCUUUGGUGUGAGUUGUUGACUGUUGGUGAUAUCGACCUUAUAAAUGUUCAGCACAUUCUCAUUCCAAUUUAUAACAUAUUGCAGUGGACUUCCACGUCUACAUAUUUUGUUUUAGGUAUCUUUCUGCGUCUGCUCUUUACUUUCUGGGAUGCUGCUGCUGUGAUUUUAACACAAGCACAUGGGGGGAUCACACUGCGCAUGGUUACAUUUAGACAAAAAAAGCACAUGGCAACCAAGGCUGAGAUGUCAACAAACACACAUGAUGGCACGGACCGUUAGGAUUAGGUGAAGGAGGCACAUGGUAAGGAACAUUACAAUGUUACCAGUAGCAUUUCAACCUAAAGCCAUCUUGCCACAUUUCAUGCAGACGCAGCAGGUGCCAUCCACCAGUGUACAAUAACAUAGUGCCCGGUUCUGUUUGGCCAUGUUCUCAGCUGGUUCCGCUCAGCAGCAAUUCAUGCAUAUGCAUAAAGGUGGCUUUUGCGAUCUUGCGCCAAAAGCACUGUCAAAACGGCAGAUUUUGAGUUCUGAAAGGGAACCGGCUGAGAUGCCUUCUCUCCGAUACAAUUGAACUAGAUGUCACUCAGCUUUUUGUGCUCAAAGUGCCAAAAAAAUAUAUUUGAAAAACACAGCAAUGUCUCUUUCUACACCCGCCAAUCAUAUAGCAGUGCAGAGGGAAGCGUGCAUCUAUUCAUGGAUGACAUGAAUUGAUCUUCCACAUCUGACCUGUAAUGUUAGCUAGCUUAGUGAUGUUAGAUCAGCCAGCAGCAGAUGCACGCUUCCUGCUGUGUGGUGAUCAGGUUGCCAGGUGUACUUCAAUAUAAUAUUGUAGAAUGUUCAAAUGUCAUGUUCAGUGCUCAUCUAAGUACAGCCUCACAUUGAAUGCUUAGUUUUGUUUCCACCAAAGUAAUAUUACACUGAAAUCCAGUGAAAGUUAAGAGGCUUUCUCUAAAAAUUAACAGAUACUGUAGUUUUUUAGCAUGCCAGUUAAUCUGCUGAUGGUCUGCAUUUUAACUUUUCACAAUGAGAUGGCAAAGAAGUCCUCAUUUUCUUAAAUAUCAAGAUCCGUUUUUGGACUCUAAUAACAUGGUUCUUUGGCUCCAUCCACUGCAUUGAUACCAGCCUGCGACAGCAUUUUUGCCUGUAAACAGUAUUUGUAACAGUAACAGUAUUUCUGCCUGUAAACUGUAUUUGUGUAAAACACUUGUCUACCUUUUUGCACACAAGACUAAAAUCCAAAAUCCAGAGCAUGUGUUCCACUGCAGGUCAGUGGCUGAGAGAGAGAAAGCAAGUGUUUUUGUAAAGCCGUCGCCGCUUAUGUAUUAUUGUGUUGUUUUUAAAUAGCAAUAAAACCUUUCUGCAUUGUG